CAAGCGACGGGUUGUUUUUUUUUUUUUCCCCAGACGCGUCCUGUGCAGGGCGUGCUGCUGGUUCCCUGGAGCCCUGGACCUUUCUAAGACCUGAAGAGGGGAUGUCUUCUCUACGCUGCGGGGAUGCGGCCCGCAGCCUGGGGUCCUGGGUAUUGGGAAGAUGUUUAUACAGCCCGGUUAGAGCAUUAAGUUCUUUGCCCGAUAAAAAAAAGGAAUUUUUACAGACUGGACCAGACCUUCAAGAUUUUGUAUCUGGUGAUCUUGCGGACAAGAGCACCUGGGAUGAAUAUAAAGGCAACUUAAAGCGCCAGAAAGGAGAAAGGUUAAGACUACCUCCAUGGUUAAAGACAGAGAUACCCAUGGGUAAAAAUUACAAUAAACUGAAAACCACGUUGCGGAAUUUAAAUCUCCACACAGUCUGUGAGGAAGCCCGAUGUCCCAACAUUGGAGAGUGUUGGGGAGGUGGAGAGUAUGCCACGGCCACAGCCACGAUCAUGUUGAUGGGGGACACUUGUACAAGAGGUUGCAGAUUUUGUUCUGUGAAGACUGCAAGAAAUCCCCCUCCGUUGGACGCCAAUGAGCCCUACAAUACGGCCAAAGCAAUUGCAGAGUGGGGUCUGGAUUAUGUUGUCCUGACGUCGGUGGAUCGAGAUGAUGUGCCUGACGGGGGAGCUGAGCACAUUGCCAAGACCGUGGUAUGCUUGAAAGAAAGGAAUCCCCAAAUCCUCGUGGAGUGCCUCACCCCUGACUUCCGAGGAGAUCUGAGAGCAGUAGAGAAGGUCGCUCUGUCGGGAUUAGAUGUGUACGCACAUAACGUAGAAACCGUUCCAGAACUACAGAGGAAAGUUCGUGAUCCCCGGGCCAAUUUUGACCAGUCUCUUCGUGUAUUGAAACAUGUCAAGAAAGUUCAGCCUGACAUUGUUUCCAAAACAUCAAUAAUGCUGGGCCUGGGUGAGACGGAUGAGCAAGUCCACGCCACGAUGAAAGCGCUCCGUGCAGCCGACGUGGACUGUCUAACUCUGGGACAGUAUAUGCAGCCAACGAAACGCCACCUUAAGGUUGAAGAAUAUGUUACUCCUGAGAAGUUCAAAUACUGGGAAAAAGUAGGAAAUGAGCUUGGCUUUCAUUAUACUGCAAGUGGCCCUUUGGUGCGCUCUUCAUAUAAAGCAGGUGAAUUUUUCCUGAAAAAUCUAGUGGCUAAAAGAAAAACAAAAGCUUCUGAAACUUGAGCCAAGACCUUCAGGAUCACAGGACUUUUAAGGUUUCCUUUCAGUUGGUGCCUUUCAGGAUUCCUGAGCAUGUACACCAGGGCUGUUCUGUCUGAAAUGUCUGAUCAGGAGUAAUAGCAUAUAGCUGUAAUUCCAUUCAGGCCAUUCUGAACUAUCUGAGUAAGACCCUAUCUCAAAAGAAAAAAAAAAAAAGAAGAAAAAAGUCUGUAAGCUACACGUAUUUAAUAAUUCAUUUGCCUUCUUGCCACUUUGUCAUUGUUUGUCAUGAUGUAAUCAUAGAACAUCUUUGAACAGUUUGCUGUUAAUUAAAAGUAUAUUAACAACA